GGCAGCGCUGCGGUCCAAUAUAGCGCAUGCGCCCUGCCCGAGGACUGGCAAAAAGCAGCAAUAUGGCGAGAAUGCCUGGCAGCGGGGAUUGUAACACUGGCGGCAGUAGAGGCGACGGCGAGAACCACCACCGUGGCAGAAGUGGCACGGUCCGUAACAGCAGCACGGCGAACAGUGAAGAAGAGGAUGAUGAGAUCCAGGAGGUACAAAUCACUGGUGACGAGGAAGAAGAAUACGGGAGCAGACUGGACUGGGACGAGGGGGCGCCGGACCAGGAAUGUUGUAAUGGGCAAGACGGAGAGGCGGUCCAUAUAAUGAAUAUGGACCAGCGCGGCGAGCUUGAGUCAGAGCUAGAACUGCUGCACAACUGUGGACUGGACUCUGAUGCGGAGGUGGAUCUACAGCGCCCGGAGCGGGCAAGGCUGAGUGAGAACACCCGUCUCGCCACUCGCUAUGCUGUGCGUAUCUUUCGGGAGUAUCUGACAGAGAAAUCCCAAAGUCCAGACUUCGAAACAAUGGACAAGGAGGCGUUAUGUAAAGUGCUGCGCUCCUUCUACGCAGAGGCGAGAUCAAAAAGCGGACAGCUGUAUAGCAAAUCUUCACUUAUCAGCAUCCGGAGCUCUUUGAACAGGUAUCUGAACGAACCGCCUUACUGUCGUACCUUGGAUCUUACGAAGGACCCCGAGCUUAGGAGUGCCAAUCUUACUUUGGCAGCAGUGAUCCGGAAGCUGGAAGAGCAAGGGGCAGGGCCAGUGGUCCAGAAGCAAGCAAUCACAAGGGCUGAUCUCAGAAAACUUUACACCUCCAAUGAAUUCAAUACGAACACACCGUUUGGGCUUCUGAACAAAGUCUGGUUUGAGACUUGCAUGUAUUUUUGCACAAGGGGUAGAGAAAAUCAAAGGGAACUGGAAGAGGAUUCUUUUGGGUUAGCCAUGGAUGAAGAUGGGAGAAAGUUUGUUUAUUUUAAAACAUUAGGACCAUACCAUAAAUCCAGGUCUGCUUCCUGGAGUAAAAAGAGGGCUGAUAAUGAUGAUGAAAACUUACCAAGAAUGUAUGAAACAGGUACAGAGUUUUGUCCGUAUGCUAGUUUUGUCAAGUACUUGUCAAAGCGAAAUCCACUUUGUAAAGCUUUUUUUCAGAGGCCUAGAGACCAUUGUAAUGAAAGUGAUGUGACAUGGUAUGAGAACAAAGCUAUUGGCAAAAACCUUUUGGGCACACGAAUGCAGAUGUUGUCUAAAGCAGCCAAGUUGUCCAAGACUUACACAAACCAUUGUAUAGGUGCUGUGUCCAUUGCUACUCUAAACAGUAUAGCUGGAAUUGGUAGCAAGGUGGUCUCUCCAUGCUCAUCAGAGGCACGGAAUGGAUCACACCAUAUCCAGUUGGUAGCCCCUUUUGUUCUUGCUACAGACCAUGCUCUUAAUGAAUUUAAAGGUGAAGUCACAGCAAAGCAUGUUUUGUAUGAACCUGUUUAUACUGCUGAAUCCUGUGGUCAGCCUUCCCCUAAACGACUCUGUGUACGCCCUCCUGAUCCUGUAGACUCUGGGGUGGUCAUGUCUGUUGUAAAGGAUCAGCAACAGCCUAGUCCUCCUGAAACCAAUGGGCACAUACGUACCACAUCACCUACCAUUGUAUCCCCUAUUCUGGUUUCACCAGCUCUGUCUGAUAACCGUUCCAAUAUGUCACGACCCCUUAUUACCAGAUCUCCAGCAUCCCCAUUGAACAACCAAGGCAUCCCCACCCCAGCGCAACUCACUAAGUCAAAUGCACCAGUCCACAUCGAUGUGGGAGGACACAUGUACACAAGCAGCCUGGCAACACUUACCAAGUACCCAGAUUCCAGAAUUGGGAGGCUCUUUGAUGGUACAGAACCAAUAGUUCUAGACAGUCUUAAACAGCACUACUUCAUAGAUCGAGAUGGACAAAUGUUCCGAUACAUUUUGAACUUCCUCAGAACAUCUCGACUUCUCAUUCCUGAUGAUUUCAAGGACUGCAGUUUGUUAUAUGAAGAAGCAAAAUACUUUCAGCUGCAACCCAUGCUGGCAGAACUGGAAAGGUGGAAACAAGAACGUGAGUUAAAACGUUUUUCAAGACCUUGUGAGUGCUUGGUUGUUAGAGUAGCACCUGAACUCGGAGAGAGAAUCACUCUAAGUGGAGAUAAAUCACUGAUAGAAGAGGUGUUCCCUGAGAUUGGGGAUGUGAUGUGUAACUCUGUUAAUGCUGGCUGGAACCACGACUCAACACACGUCAUCCGAUUUCCAUUAAAUGGAUAUUGCCACCUCAAUUCUGUGCAGGUGCUGGAAAGAUUGCAGCAAAGAGGAUUUGACAUUGUUGGUUCAUGUGGUGGUGGGGUUGACUCAUCCCAGUUCAGUGAAUAUGUACUGAGAAGAGAGAUCAGACGGACAUGUAGAGCACCCUCUGUCAUUAGAAUAAAACAGGAGCCUCUGGACUAAAUGGACAAAUUCUACCAAUAUAACAGGACCCUUUUACCGUGAAAGAAAGGAAGUGUGUCAAUCCUUGGGCAUUGUGCAGGAAUUUUCUUUUGACUAGACUGCGUCUUUGUUUUGAUGGGAGCAUCCAGAAAAAUCCAAACCGUGCAUUUCAGUUUGGAAAACAUCUUCUGUGGUUUAAAUGCACAAUUAAACUUCCUGUUGUCAUUUUCAGUGUCUUUUGAUGGCCAGUGUAUCCUCAGUUGUACCAGGGCACCUUAUAAUGUAGCCACUUCAAAGUUUUUACUGAACUCCCUUAUUGGACAAAAUCAUAGACAGAUGAAUUUUUCAGGUUCUUAACAGCUGGAGCAUUGAAUUUUCUAUGUUUUAUUUCAUAUUGCAUUUUUUGAGUGGUGUUGACUAGGAAUUUCCUUAACAUUAUCCCCUAAAAUGUAUUUCCAGGCCUUGAUGAAUCAGAUUAUUUGGUCUGUUCCUCUUAUUGUGUUGGAUUACCCUUCCAUUAGUAAACAGAUUUCUUUCAUGA